AUGACUUACUUAUAUGUUUGUUUCUACUACGAGUUGCCCGGACGGCUCUGCAGGUCCUGCGGCCAUGAAGUGGCUUUUGUCCCGAGUCGGCCGGCGCUGUCUCGCCGGAACCACACGGUGGUCGGAGAGCAGAGGAUCAUCCUGCAGCUGGUUGAGAAUCCUCAAGGCCUCCAGUUUGAAGUCCUCACGUUGAAAAAGGCAGACGUGCUGAUGCACUAGCCGUCAGAUGAGCGCUUGACCUGGGGCCCAGGUUUUUCGUGGACAGUAGCCACAUGCCCCCGAUGCCAAACGUACCUAGGGUAGUUAAUAUUCGAAAAUGGCUGGGUAUUUCCGAGGACGGUGACAAGACGAUUCGAGAGCUCGGACCAGGCUUUAGUGGUACUCAGAUUACUACAGGAGCAUUUCGCAUCGACGCUUCUUAUGGCACACUACCAGCCAUUUAUAUUCUUAGUAACCAAAUACUCUUUUCAUGUGCUUUGUAGAAUGCACCUAAAGUGAAAGGCACUCGCAAGUUUGGUAAGUGCACACAAGUCGCAGGGCUUUCUAUCUAGAUCUGAAUUACAAACACCAAACCAAACGGUUGUGAAAUGUUGCAUCUUCACACUGCCUUGACUGUUACAUGUGGAGAAAUGUCAAACAUGGUGUUCACAUUAAGUUUUAUUUUAACAAAGCAAACUGAACAGCUAAAGUUUCUCUUGUGAGAAGCAGGUUAGUAGAACAUACACCACACAAAAUUUAAACCAAGGUAAUGGGGCCAAAAUUUACAAGCAUGGUUAAGUAGUUUUUUUUUUUAAUUUUUAUUUUUUCUUUAUCAAAAUGUCAUUUCAAAUUUGAUGAAUGUCUGUAAAACAAGACAAGAUAAAAAUAAUAAUAAAAAAAAUAAAUCCAAAUGGUGUCCAAAUACCCUAUUUCCUCCCUAAUACCUCAUUGAAAUUUAUCCCCCCCUGAACUGACAAGAUUACAGAAGGGACAGGAAUAAGCUUGUGAAUUCUGUGUUGCUUGAACCACAAACUUGAUCAGGGAGGGGGAAAAAACAAAACAAAACAAUGGGUCACAACGCCAUGAGUAAAGUAAAGCAGAGCAGUGAAAGAUGCUGGAACUCGCACAGCACUAUGCACCAUGGCUUUUGUUCAUUUAAUCACAAACAGGAAGAAAUAUGCAUGUACAUUUAUAUAUAUAAAAAAGAAAAUGCUAUUUGCAAGUCUACACCAGACAGCGUGCUGCUGAUACUACAGUGUGUUUUGCCUCAAAAUGUACGUGGGAAUUGAGAUGUUAAACGCCGCAUUGGCAGUAUUUUUGCAGUCAUCUUAUUGGGAGUCUGUUCUUGUGAUGAUGGGAUGGGGGGACUUCAACAUGGCACUGUCAGGAUAAAAGGAGAUGGAGCAGAAAAACAAACAAAUGGGCAGGGGAUGGAAAAAAAAA